AUGGCGUCUAAUGGAGGACAUCAGCAGGAAUAUGACGCGGCGCUGUUGGCGUCUGCGCCUGCGGCGACCAAGGCGCAGCUUCAGAGCGGAUACAACCCGGACCUCCUCGUCGAAAAACCGAGCACGCCCACACAGCAAGGGUCCGACCUCGAAGCCGCCCUUCCACCCACCGCCAACCCCACGCACACAACCGCCAACGCCCACAGAAUGCAGCAGCGACAGCCGUUCUACCGCACACGCAAGGGCAUCGUUAUCAUCGUCAUUGCACUCGUCGUGGUGAUAGCGGCGGCGGUGGGCGGGGGCGUGGGCGGGUCGAAGAAGAAGCAUGGGAGCGAUGCGGUCGUUGCGCCGACUGGGCCGGAUGAUGGUGGGAAUGGUAAUGGGAGUGGGGCGCCGCCGCAGGUUUCCUCGGACGGCUCGAGUUCCAGCACAACGGGGACGGGGACGGGGACGGGGACGAGCACGAGCACGAGUGCGGGGACGGGCGCGUCGCAGGGUGUGGGUGACCCGAACGCGCCGCAGCCGCAGCCGGGGCCGUCGCAGGGCGCGACGCCGACGCAGGGGGGUGUGAUUGGGAGGCCUACGGAGUCGGCGGCGACGGCUGUGGCGGGGGCGGUGGGGACGGGGACUGAUGCGAAUGCGGUGGGACAGCUCGUUGGCGGGUCGACGUGA